GGUGUUGACCUGAAAGCAUGUCAGGAAGCUUUGGAUGACUGCUGUCCACACCAGGGAGAUGAUCAGCUGGAACUGCAAGAGGAGGAGGAAGACAUAAAUCAAAGCAACCACAACCAUGAUGAUUCCCUUCUCUCCUUAGAUGGCUGUUUACAGCUUCUGUCAUCGCAGAUGGAAAACAUGCUAGAGGUGAGUUUACUGGAAGAUAUAAAAGUUGCUACUCCUAGUAGAGGCCAAGACCCAUCUUCCUCACACCACAACAUAAGUUUGACCCAGACACUUUGCCACUGUUUCAGUCCUCAUGAUGCCAUGCUUCUAAGAACAGACUACCCCACUCGAUCAAAUUCAGAAACAAGACAUUUACAAAGGCAAGAGUCUUUUCCUCAGUCAAGUUCUGAUAUCACAAACCCAGAAUCAUUACUUCAUGGGUCAGAUUUGACAGGGCUGUUUUCAGCUGCUGACAUUAGAAACAUAACAGCCCAUGAUGAUAAUUUUGAUGAAAUUAAACUCAUGUCUUUGGCUUUGGAGGAAGGCUUUGAUCCUAUAGAAGUUUCGCAGCUCUUUGAAGAACCUGGCUCAGAUUCAGGACUGCCUUUGAAUUCAAGUCACAGCACCACCUCUUACUCAGUCUGCAGUGAAGGCACUGUUGGGUACAGCAGAGAUGUUAAAUCUAUUUCUUCACAUGGCUUAGGAGCUGUUGGUGACCAUAGCCAAGAAAACAGUAAAUAUGGCCAUGUGGAAUAUCCAGGUGAUUCAGAGUGCUCUAGAGAAGCUACACUUCAGCAGUUUCUUCAUAAGCACACUUAUAAUCAGCUGCCAAGUCAAGCAGCAUCCAUGCUGGAGCAUCAGCAGCAGAUGUGGAUAGAGAAACCAAAAGAAGUAAAGUAUAGGUGCCAUAAUUCUACUGAUACAAACCUUAGCAGUGAUGAACACCAUGCAAAAGCUCUGAGAAUACCAUUUUCAGCAGAUGAAAUUGUGAGCAUGCCCGUCGACUCCUUUAACACCAUGCUAGCAAAGAACCAUCUGACAGAUACUCAGGUAUCACUUCUACGUAACAUCAGACGAAGAGGGAAAAACAAAGUUGCUGCCCAAAACUGUCGUAAACGUAAACUGAAUGCAAUUCUUAACUUGGAAGAGGAUGUGUGUAAGCUUCAAACACAAAAGGAGAGCCUGAAAAAGGAGCACUCUCAGUGUAGCAGAUCAAUCAGCCAGAUGAAGAGAAAGUUAAAGAACUUGUAUCGUGACAUUUUCAGUAGAUUGAGUGAUGACCAGGGUAGACCUGUUAACCCAUGCCAAUACGUCAUUCAUUGCAGUAGCAAUGGCAGUGUUUUCAUGAUACCCAAGCACUUGGUCAAGUCAGAACAGAAACAAGAUAAUGAAAAAGCACAGAAGCAAAAAUAA